AUGACUGACGACGAUAUUACUGAAGAACAUUCAUUUGGAUCUUGCUUGCAACCGUUAGCAUUAACUGCUGGGAAUACAAUAUUUUCAUCAAAAACAAUCAAACACAGAACACCUCCCUUUCCAGUCACAUCAAAUUACCAUCCAUCACUGGACUCAUUAGCUCAAUCAUUCCUACACUUAGAUCCUAAAUUAAUUCAAACCGAAGAAUAUGAUCCAUCCAACAAAUCAUUAUCAUAUAAAACGUUUUAUGAGAAUUGGUUACGCUACUUUUAUCUCUUAGUUCAACAGAAUAAUUUACACAAUAGUAUAGAUUCGAUUGAAGAACUUCAAAAACAAAUUCAGAUUUAUAAUAAUAAAUACAAAGUGUUUGUGACAACAGGUAACUCAAACAACGAAGCUGACUGCAAUAACAAUAAUAAUAAUUUAUCAAAUACACACUUUCGAGCAAAUACGAGGGAUGAUCUAUUAACAGAUGAAAUUGGUGGCAGUUUGACUUCACAAGAUCAAUAUAAGUGUGAACAAAUUUCCAACCAACAAAAAACUAUUUCAUCGCACAUAAAGAACAACUUACUUAUUAACAAUCAAUCGGUAGCAUAUGAUUCAGAUAGUGAAUGUGAAUCCCUGCUAUCAAAUUUAAAUCAAGACUUAGUCGAUUCAAAGACUGCUUCAAAUGAUCAAACAGAUAAUUCGUCUUUACGCACUUCAUCAAAAUCACAAAGAUUGAAAACAAUGAUACAAGAGAAGGAAGAUAGAAUUUCACUUAAUGAUGAUUUGGCGGAAAUAUAUGAAUUUGCACACUUGUUUAAAUUGCGUAGACUCAGUUUGGGUUUGACACAGACACAAGUUGGAGCUUCUUUAAAUGCCAAAGAAGGACCUGCCUAUAGUCAAAGUGCAAUCUGUCGAUUCGAGAAACUUGAUGUAACUUUAAAAUCCGCAAAACGAAUGAAACCUGUCUUAGAACGUUGGUUAUCUGAAACCCAGGCAAUGCAUCACAAUGGAGCAAAUGAUGCCUUUGGAGCUCAACUUGUACACCGACCACCUAGGAAGCGUAAACGUAGAACCUGUUUCAGUACUAAAGCACUAAAGUGUUUAUUGCACCAACUUGAGAGGAAUCCUUACCCAACAAAAGCUGAGAUGACUGAGUUAGCCAAAGCCUUGACUUAUGAUCGUGAAGUUAUUCGUGUUUGGUUUUGUAAUAGGCGCCAAGCCAUUAAAACCACUGAAAAGCAAACAACAUCUAUUCACCUUUAAUUCUCCGGGUAAAAACAUCUUUCCACCUUCGAAACAUGACCUGUAAAACAAAAGAUUUU